UAUAGUCUAUAGUGUUGGUUUUCCUCGAAAUCCAAAUCCUCCUGUACAGUGUACAGUGUACAGUACUUAAAUUACUUUUGGUUUUAGCAAUUGGCAGUCACGUGUUUCUGUAUUCAUUGCAAUUUGCAAGCAACUAUUGUGUGCUCGCAGCUCCGAUCCGCUUCUCUCUGCGUUUCUACUCUAAACAGUAACCCCACUCCAAUCCCCAUCUCCCCACCUUCUCUCAACCUCUCCACUCAACACCGCCGAUCCUCCUUUCCACUUUUACCCAUUCCCACUUUCUUUAUUGGGAGAGCUACAUACUGGGACUCGCGCACACAACAUUUCUGUGAAGCCCAAGCCCGGCCGGAUAUAGAGGAGCUGCUUCAAUUAAGUCACAGCUUGGUGGUCGAGUCAAGCAAUUUAGUCUUCUAUCGCCAGAUUGCUUCAACACCUGUUGCAGGGCUUUGGCUCCAAUGUUACACUGAUCCCUCCAAUAAAUUUAAAUUCUACUCUAAGGCGGAUGCUCUCCGCCAUAUCAGUAAGGAGAUGAAGAAGAAAGGCAGUGAAAAGUUCACAGUUGAGAAGGCUAUAGCUGAAGGCUUACCUCCAGGAUGGACUAAGGAAAUAAGAGUUAAGAAGAAGGGUGGCAAGACAAGGAAAGACCCGUAUUAUAUUGAUCCUGAGAGUGGGCAAGUCUUCCGCUCUUUGAAGGAAGUUUUUCGCUACCUUGGAACUAAAGAUUGUAGUAAGGCUGAACCUGAACUCAAAGAUCAAGGUCCCAACAAUGUGGAAGCUGGUGGUUCUCUUUCAUCUUUACCUUCUGAAGCUGAAGAACAGAAAGUGGGUGAAAGCAAAGCAGAUGGACUGCUUGCUAUGAAUGAGAGAUUCAAGUUGGGCGAGGAACACGCUAUAAAGCCCAAUGGUACAGAAUGCUGUACAUCACCCCCGGGAAAGACUACUCACCUGCGUAAGAAAGGUGCUGUAAUAGAGAACAAUUACGUGGCACAGGUAAAUAACUUGGAAAGUAACAAGGAUAGUGACCCGGUUGAAUGCCAACUUGUUUCAGCCCACAUAGCGAGAGAACGUGGUCAUGAAGAAGUGGUACCACCAGCAGGCAAGGAGGUGGUGGAGAAACAUGGACAUAAAAUUAUCCACAAAAAGAGGAAGAAAUUGCGUAACAAUAAAAUGGCCAGCUUACCUCGCCGAACUUCCAAGCGUCUUGCUGGUAUUGAAGCUGAUGCAUCUUUGGAACUGAAAACAGAUAAUCAAGGCUCUCAAGCUGCAGCAACAAAACAACAGAAAGGCCAGACAAAAGCAGUUGUCACUAAUAAUAAUUCCAAGGAUACCAGCAAUUUAAAUGAAGGGAUUGAAAGGCCAAAGACUGGGAAUGCGGCUAAUGAAAAGAAACAAGAAGAUGAUGCUACUUUACCCCUGAAAAAGCUUUGUUCUCCAGAUCCAGAUGGAAAUGACAGAGAAGUUGGUCCUAACAUUAAAGAUGGCAAGAAGACUGAAAUAACUCCUGAAUCAUCAUCAUCGUCAUCAUGUGUCAAGGAUAUGUGGAUGGAUCCAUGCAUAGACUUUGCAAUAAAAACUCUUACUGGUGCAAUACCCAUCGGAGAUGAGAAGAAGGUGGAUGAGACCCCACAGUCCUCCCUCAGUUGUUCAUCUGCUGGAAAUCCACAGUCCUCUGCGGAGUUGCCAUUUGGGGGGGACAUAUGGGCAGAUCCAUGCUUUGCUUUCGCUGUAAAGACGCUUACUGGCAAAGAGAUACCAAUCACUGAUGAUUUAUCUGCACAGAACGUACUUGAGCAGCAAUGCUGUGCAGCGGGGCCUCAAAUUACCAAUGGCUUACCACAGCCUCCAAGUAUUAGGCUUGAUGAUUUUAGGCAGGUCAAUAAUCUUUCAGCCCCCUGGCAUUUUAACGUGCCAGAGAAGCCUUUUUACAAGCCACAGGGUCCAGUAGCUCCUCCUCCUCCUCCUCCUUCUGCAUACCAGAACAAUUGGCUUGCUAAAUUCGGUUCAAACCAGCCCUCAUCACUGUGUUGAGGACACAACAAUUCUGUGAACUUAGAAAACUCUGUGGGGUUACCAGGCAGAGUAGCAAUUCUGUUGUAAUGGUGUUAGUUAGUGUAGUGUGUAUGUUGAAGCGUCCUGAUUCCCGGAGAGAGUAUUUGGUAGUGUUAGUGGUAGUGUUCUCUCUUCAAAAUCAAGACAGCAGCUUUCUUAGACAGUUGAUUUUAAUAAAUAAAUACUGGGCAGAACAUAAUUCAGUUUAUCACAA